AUGAAGCUUGCCGUUGGACUCGCUUUGAUCACUGGCGUUCUCAGCGCCCCAACAGCUCCUCUCACUGAUCGCCAGGUCCAUAUCGGAGUCCCUGAGGGUGCAGCAGGCACACACGUUGGCUUUGGUGGCUCUGUCGGUGUUGGAGCCCACGUUGGAGCCGGUGCUGGUGUGGGAGGUGGAAUUGGUAUUCGCGAGGUUUCUGAGUCUGACGACUUUGCCAGCCCUCCUACCCUUGAGACUCGCCAGCUCCACUUCGGGGUCCCGGCGGGUGCAGCAGGUGCAGGAGUUGGCGUUGGAGGUUCUGCGUCUGUUGGAGCCCAUGUUGGAGCCGGAGCCGGAGCCGGAAUUGGUAUCCGUGAAGCAUCUGAAUAG